AUGCCUUCGACAUAUCAAGCUUUGAGACAAGGCGACCCUACCUAUCGUCAAGAUAUUGGACAUUUUGCCCACUCUGCUGGAGCACCUCCCUUGAACGCCCAAUUUAAGAACCAGUACAACUCUACUGAUGACGUGCUUCAUAGACAGCAAACAGCAAAUAAUAUGGGUUCGGCUUUUCAAAGGCCUAUCCCAGCGAAGUGGACAUCAACUCCCCAGGACAGACCACCCUUGUUUUCCGACUCACCAAUUCGUCAAAACACUGAUAGCUCGACAUCAUUUCAACAAGCUCCGCCACGGUAUCCUCAGCGCAGUAUGACCACACCAAUUAAUAUCCCAAUCUCAAAGAAGUUUGAUAAUCAUGCUUCUGGGGAUUUUGAGACUUACAAUCAUGGGAGUUCUCCCUUACGAUCAACUCAAUCAUCAGGACUGCAAGACGGAGCACCUCCUAUCCCAGAAAGGAGUCUGAGGCGUCGACAACCUCGUUAA